AGUGAAAAAGACUUGGCUGCUACAUUCUGGUCCCCGACUGCAAGCGCUGUCUGAGUUCAUAUUCUCUCCUACCCGUCUUCCAUCUCCCGGAAAACCCCCUUCCCUACAGAAGUUGUUCCCAACCUUGCAGUGGCAGUUUCUCGCGCUCAAGACACCCCCCACCCACACACACACACACACACGCACACACACACACACACACGCACACAGCGGGCUCUCACCGCCAUGCUUUCCCUGGCUUCCCUUCUUAACCCGGCGCCCUCAGGGUCGCCUGCCUCCUGCUUUCCAGCUACCCCCAUGUCGAUAUCCCCGGCCACAUCCUUCGUAGACGAACCCUUCUCGGACAGGAACUCGCUGCCGAAGAACAAGAUGUCGAAAGAGUCCGCAGGAUACACCAAGUCCAGGGCCAAGGGCAUUGUCAACUUCUAUCCCUUCGAGAACCUAGACGAGGAGUCCCUGCGUGAGGUUCGGAAGUUUCGCGUCUCCCCGCUAGGCAGCAUCCAGGACUGUUGUAGACACAUCCCAUACAAUAGCGGAAAGAAGGACUUCUACGAGAAGACUGGGCGAGAGAGCUUCGAAGUGUUCCAAUACACCUUCAAGGUCCCCGGAGACAACUCGGAUUAUACGGUCAUGUGGGAUUACAAUGUCGGGCUCGUUCGGAUGACCCCUUUCUUUAAGUGUUGCAAGUAUUCCAAGACGACGCCAGCGAAGAUGCUCAACAUGAACCCCGGGCUCAGGAACAUCACCCACAGCAUCACGGGGGGGUCUAUUAUGGCACAAGGUUACUGGAUGCCAUUCUCCUGUGCGAAGGCAGUCUGCGCGACCUUCUGUCACCACAUUGCUGGCGCCUUGAUCCCAAUUUUCGGACCCAAAUUCCUGUCAGAGUGCGUCCACCCAGAAUCCCCGGACCACGGACGAAUGAUCAUAGAUCCGGAAAUCGUCGUCGAGGCUUCCCGCGAGGCCGACAUGUUCCGACGAGUGUACGCGGAACAAUCCACCACCCCGUCCGGCAGCCCAAGGCCGGCCCGCCGGUCGCUGCGGUUCCCGAACUACGACAACAGCAGCCAGUACGACCGCCGCCAGCGCUUCAGGAAGGGCAUGAUAAUCGACAGCCCGUACACCACCGACACCGAUAACGAUGUGCUUCCGGGCCCGGACUUCUCCCCCGCCACCCAAUUCCACCAGCUCUCGCCGAUCCCCGCGCCGCGGACGUCGGCGAUGGCCACCCGAUGGACGGCCGCGAACCACAACUACAACCAGUACCUCCACCCCCCCCACCGCCCAGCCGCCCACGCCCAGUUUCACCGCGACGACCAACACCCGUACCCCGGUGCCGCGAACCCCUGGCUGAGCGCGGUGCCCCGCCUCGGCAGCAACCCGGGCAACCAGCACAGGCGACAGCAGCCCGCACCUUCGUCGCACCCCGUCCAGGGUCUUCAUCUGCCCCCGCCCCCGCCCCCGCCGGCGAGCCCACAGUCCCGGCUGGAUUGGACGACGCCGCAGCCGCAGCCGCAGGCGCCGCCCCCGAAGCGGCCGGUCCCGUCCGACUACGCCGACUACAAAGAGUACAACGAGUACGAGUACGACGCGGGCGAGAGCCAGGUCGGCAGUAGCAGCAGCCCCACGACGUCCCGCGGCGGCGGCGGUGGCGAGGACGAGGACUGCCGUCAGGGCCGCCGGCAGGGGAUAGACCCGCUGCUGCCGCUGCCGCCGCCGCCGCCGCCCGUCUCGGCCACCGGCGGCAGCGGCGUGGAGAAGAAUGCGGCGCUGCUGCUCAUGAAUCUCAGCAUGGGGGAGGCCGAGAGGGAUGGGGAGGGCCGCGAGGGCCGCGGGGCCCGGUCGAUGCUGACUCCCGAGUCGGUCGUGGAUAUGCACAGGAGCAAGAGGAGGAGGGCGACGUCGAUGUAG